AGCUUGUGGCUCGUGAAUUCCCAUAUUGAGAAAGGCUGAAGGUCCCGAGGUCUCAGGUUGAAAACCUGGGAAGGCUUUGACGAUGCGAUGCAUAUUGAUGAAUCCAUAUCAUCAUAUCAUGGUAAGCUCGAGCUGGAUAAUAUCCACCAAAGUUUCAAGGCGUCGAAGGAAGCUGGAGAUCAAUCAAUCAAUCGAUCAAUCAAAUCAAGUCAAAUCAUAUCCAUCCAUAUCAUAUCAUAUCAAAUCAACCAAGCAAUUCUUAAAUCCUUGAUGGUGUAUCAAAUCCCACUCAACCCCAAGAUUUCAUGGAAAUGAUAAGGACAAUCUUAUUAACCUUUUAACGCUUUUUUCCACCAGGGAAAGAAAGGUGUUUACUAUUUUCUAAAGUAGUAGACUUCACCUAAAACAAUCCUCUUCUCAUCUUACUCGUUCAUACCUAGACACUGCUAGGUAUUAUUGCGUGAGAACACAUUUUUCUGUCGCUCAUUUUUCUUCUUUUCCUUUUCCCUUUCCUUUUCCUUUAUCUUUUUUACUUUCCUGGAUUAGGAAUUUCCCCCUCUCUUCCAUUCCUUCAUCUGACCAAUUACUUCAAUCUCUUACUUCUCUGUAAGACAAGACUUUUUACAUCUCACGCGGGCACAAUAUAUAGAUGCUGCUCCAACGAAUGCAUCCAUGUGUCCGACUCCAAAUGGCGACGGCCUAGAGCUUGAGAAAUCGAAUAACAAUCAUACUCAACCUCCAUCAUUUUCACUUACGGUACCUCCCACAGAGAUCAUUGAUGCGGGCUUGAAAAGUUUAAAUCACUACAAGCGCAAACUUCCACCAUGGCGAUAUAAUAUGCGACAGGCUUUAUUGCCUUUGGUUCGAUGGGAGACUCCAUACUUAGCAUGGAUGCAGGAUAAGAUGCGAUGUCCAGCACUCGAUACUUAUUUUGCUGUCACUGCAAAUCUUGGAACGCAUACUUUCUUCAUGAUUGUACUGCCAAUUCUGUUCUGGUGUGGACAUACAUCUUUGGGAAGAGGGAUGGUUCAUAUAUUGGCAACGGGAGUCUUUAUAACGGGGUUCAUCAAAGAUAUGUUCUCACUACCUCGACCACUGUCCCCGCCUCUCCAUCGCAUUACUAUGUCGGGUUCUGCGGCACUCGAAUAUGGAUUUCCUUCGACACAUUCCGCCAAUGCUGUCUCGGUGGCUGUGUAUGCUCUUUUUACUCUUCAUUCUCCAGAAUGUCAACUGCUCCCUACAACGAAACUGGCCUUAGAGAUUGUGAGCUAUUCUUAUGCCUUCUCUAUCGUACUUGGACGACUUUAUUGCGGCAUGCAUGGAUUUGUGGAUGUAAUUGUUGGGAGCGUUAUAGGAGCACUCAUUUCUGUCGUCGAGUGCGUAUACGGAUCAACGAUUGACAACUAUCUCCACAGCAGUACCUGGAAGGCCCCUGUGACGAUCGCCAUAGUCAUUAUUCUUUUGAUAAGAGUUCAUCCAGAACCAGCUGAUGAUUGCCCAUGUUUUGAUGAUAGUGUCGCAUUCGCGGCGGUCAUGAUAGGAGUUGAACUUGGAGGUUGGCAUUAUGCUUCUGGUGGUUGGGCCUGGGAUGUUCCAGUUCCAGCGACAGUACCAUUCGAUCUACAUCAUAUGGGCUGGGUAAUUGUGAUAUUACGAGUUCUCAUUGGUGUAUUGGUCAUCUUUGCUUGGAGAGAAGUCAUGAAACCAACAUUGUUGAAAUUACUGCCACAUAUUUUCCGAGCCUUUGAGAACACGGGGUUGAUCUUACCUCGAAAAUUCUUUAUGCCUGCUUCGGAAUAUAACAAUAUUCCAUCAAGACUCAAGGUGGAUAAUGUUAUGCCGUCCGUAUCCGACUUGCCAAGUUUGAUCUCAUCUAUACGACAUGCUGGACGGGGCCGCGCUGUAUCUGUUGGACCUCAAUCGGCUGCAGAUGCAUACGAAACUCUUGCUUAUCGAGAGAAAAGACGGAGAGAUAGUCUCACUGACGUUUUUGAAGGGAUGACUCCUCGUCAAACCACUACGAAAGAAGCGAAAGAUUAUUUUGGCUCUAGACAACCGACAGCGGAUGGUGCUAUAUCAUCUGGGAUGUCAUCAAUUCAUGGAAGUAUGAAUUUGCCAACUCCAGCACAAUCCAGAGUUGGCUCUUACGAACAGAUGAUGGGGGCAGGUCAUGUUAUGUAUACUCCAGGGGUAUCCAGUCCAGGUCUAGAGGGUGAUGAUGCAGCAGAUGAUGAGAUUACCGUUGGGCAGGAAAACGAGCUUGAUGAAACAGAAAUGUUUUCUAGGCUAGAAAAACCACGUGUGAGAUAUGAUGUCGAGGUAGUCACGAAACUCGUGGUUUAUAGUGGUAUCGCUUGGCUAGCAGUCGAAGGAAAUCCGAUAAUUUUCGAGGUUAUCGGUUUGGGUAUGGGCGUAUGAAAGUAUUACGAUGAAUAUUAUAGGCUCUUAUCUUAUGGUCUUGAGCUCGGGAUGUCACUUUCACUCGUGUAAUUCAGACAGUGAACUGAAUGAUAUUACCUAAGUACUCCAGGAGUUUGGUGGUACGUAGAUUUUAUGAUGUGUACUAGGUAUGCCAUGAGGCGUUUCGGUAGUCGAAUAGCAUUUUAAUUGCAAGCUUGCUUGAUAACAAUCAUGUGGUAGUUAUAUGUCGGCGAAUAUUGCACAUCUAUUCUCUGGGUGUGAAUUAUGGAUUUAUAGUGGUGAUAUAUUCUUUAAUAUAUGUAUUACCCGAAUCUCAACUUACGAUUUUC